AAUAUAGUAUUUUUGAAGAGUUUUACGAAAACGGGUUAGUGGAGUUGGCCCCUUAGUUUCUGCGUAGGCUAGAAAACCUACAGAGGGGUAGAUGUUUGGGAUAUCUGGGCCAAAAGAGAUACUUGGGAGUUAGGAUUCAAACUCCAAAACCUGUUCUUUGUCUGAAUUAGAAAAAGAGUACAUUCGUUUAACUUAGUGACUGUUUCUGUACUUUUUUUGUGUGUGUUUAACUUAACGACUAUGUGUUUCUGUACUUUUUUUUGGUGGGGUAGAGCAUAGCUUGUGUUACUUGGUAGAGGUAAGCCCUGGCUAACUUACCUGAAAGUAGAGCUUGCCAUCUUUUAGAGGCUAUCUGAGGAUUUUACGCUGGCAAUUGUUUUAUGAGCGUGUAUCCAUAUGUUACGGCUUAUACCAACAGUUUCUUGUUGUCAAAGCUUUGCACAAUUCUGUAAAUUCUCUCAUGGGUGUAUCUGCAUCUUUUCUUCCUAUUGUUAUUUUUUCAUGUGCUGGUUAGACAAAGUCCUGCUGACAAAACCUUGAUGUUCUGAAAGAAAUUAGAUUUUUGUUCUGGUUUGGACUUGUAGUAUUUUGUUGACAUGUCAUUCUGCAGUUAACAGCUGUGGAAGUGUUGGAUGUGCAGUAUUAGGUGGAGUGUCAACCUAUUAGUUAAAUAAAUGUGUGUAACUUGAGUUAAAACCUCCUUUUCAUUGUCUAGGCAAAUUGCAAGCGUACCUACAUGGGAAUGUAUUUCUUCCAUUGGUAGAAAAAUAUGUCUCUUGUAGGCUUUUUUAAACUGGUCUACAGUGUGUUGUCUAUAUUCUGUACCUUCCCUUCCUGCUAAUCAAGUGUUACAGCAGCAGUAUAGGUGAAGCAGUCAUGACUUGUGGCGUUGUGUGGUUUUUUUUAAGGAUAACAUAGUGCUGAAACUUCUAGAAAACAUAUGGUUGGUCUCUAUAGCUUGAAUGAUGACGAUUUUCUUUGAAGUGUUAAAUUAACUUUCAUGUGGACAAAACCAGAAAGCACAGGAAUAGCUCGUAGCUAUGAUUUCAAAUACUGGUUAAGCAUAGCUGUUACUGUGGUUGGUGAAGUCUUUUUUUGUUUAUGUUCUUGCAAGAUUUAAAACAAUCCAUACAAUGUGUUUAUAAACAAAAUACUUGUUGCCUCAGCCCAGAACUCUAGGUUUACUGUUCCCCCACUGUGUGUGUUUCCUUGACUUAAAAUAUAUCUAGAGAUCAGCUGUGUGAUGUGUUCUUUUGGUCUUUGUACAGAGAAGUGUAGAAGUUAUAAUGAAUAGGGACUGUCUCUUAAGUGCAUAUUAUGAAGCAGGUUUCAAGGCAUUCCUAGAACUACUUGUCGCUAAUGCAUUAUUUAACAGCACCUUGAUUUAAUAUAGCAUAGGAGUCAUCUUCCUUUUAUGAAAAGAAUAAAUUCUAAAGAGAAAGAAAAAAGGCUUGUGUGGGAGGCAGAGGGGACCAUUACUGUGGAGUGGUCUAGGCUUUGAAGGCUAAUCAGCGAUGUACAGCUCUUUAUUUAGAUACUCCAAAUCGAUAAUUGUGUCCCAACUGACAAAAGCUGUGCCAGCACAGCCCAACUGUAGUUGCAGUUAUAUGAGCAAAAUCCUUUUGUUAGUCUAGUUUAUUCAAUUUGGGUAACUGGUCUGAACUUGCCCUGGGGAAUCCCCAUAGUAUAUUCAUUCCAGUUAGUUGCUCUUGUCAUAGAAAAUAAAACUUUAUACCCCAAACUAGAGUUCCUGGUGAUGGUAUGAAAACCCCAAAAUAAAAUUCUAGUUCUCUAGAUAUAAAAUUUAGGUCUGUCUGUCCCCUUAUGACUUAGAAUAGUAUUUUUUUUUCAGAAUGAAAUCCAAUAUGCUGAUAAGACAGAUAUGGUUACUGUAGUUCAUAUUCUAUUGUUGCUGGAGGCUUACAGUAUAGCAGCAGUAUGCUGUGUUACAGAGGACUUAAAGAUGUUUCUCAUACGUAAGUCUUACUUAAGUGAGUAUCUCUGGCAACUUCCGGCUGACACAGCUUGUACUGUGUUUUCCCAGAUGAGUUACCAGUGUAACAGCAUGCAUUUGUAAAGAGCUCAGGUGGCAAGAAGCCUUCUCUUCUUAAGUUAGUCUCUUCCAAUCUUUCAUCUCCUCUAAACGUUUAAGUUGUAAGUGCAACUAUUUAAUCGAAUGGAGCGCAACAUUUGAUAUAAAAUGAAAACAUUUCAGGGGGUCAAAGUAAACUAUGAAAUUGCAGUUUUACUUUUGUCUUUUAUUUGCUUUAUAAUAAUAUUGAGCAUAUGGCAAACUGUGUUAGGAAACAAUAGCCACAUUAUUAGUCUCUUGGUGUUUGUACCAACUAUGUAUAAAACAACGUGGAAAAAGUGAAAAUUAAACAUUUGAAAAUCUGGCCCUUUUUAUGCUUGCUGCAAUAAGAUUUAUCAUUAACUCCAAAUUGACAGUAAGGUUGUUGGCUUUUUAAACUUUUAUUACUGAAUUAUGUUUAAACUAUGUAGUCUUUCGAAGCCAAACAAUUGAAAUUGAUGCAGUGCGUGGACAAUUCCUGUGGCAUUCAUACUUCACAUAGCUGAAGAAAGAUUUGAGACACAGGAUAAAGUCUCUCGCUGACGUCAUGAUUAAGUGUGCUGCUUCUGAUGUGAUGGGAGUUCCUCCUGCAGGCUUGUCUUUGCUUUGCUUGUUAGCAGCCACCAACAUCAAUGCUGGGUAUGAAUUCUGUCCCUUACCAAGAGCAUGGCUGUUUCAUAAGCAUUUUGGAGCAGAAUUUCGACGAUUUUCUCUGGAGAGAUCCAAACCUGGAAAGUUUGAGGAGUUCUAUGGAUUAUUGCAGCAUGUGCACAAGAUACCAAAUGUUGAUGUUCUAGUGGGAUAUACGGACAUUCAUGGAGACCUGCUGCCUAUCAAUAAUGAUGACAAUUAUCAUAAAGCAGUUUCCACAGCCAAUCCUCUACUCAGGAUUUUUAUUCAGAGAAAAGAAGAUGCAGACUACAGUGCCUUUGGUACGGAUACUAUGACAAGGAAGAAAAAUGUCUUAUCAAAUGUGUUACGUCCAGAUAAUCACAAGAAGAAACCACACAUUGUCAUUAGCAUGCCACAAGACUUCAGACCAGUGUCUUCUAUUAUAGAUGUAGAUAUUCUUCCCGAAACCCAUCGUAGGGUACGACUUUACAAAUACGGAACUGACAAACCCCUUGGAUUCUAUAUACGAGAUGGCUCUAGUGUCAGAGUAACACCACAUGGAUUAGAGAAAGUUCCGGGGAUUUUCAUAUCUAGGCUUGUCCCUGGAGGUCUGGCUCAAAGCACAGGCUUACUGGCUGUCAAUGAUGAAGUACUGGAGGUGAAUGGAAUAGAGGUUUCAGGAAAAAGCCUUGAUCAGGUUACAGACAUGAUGAUUGCAAACAGCCGUAACCUGAUCAUUACAGUAAGACCAGCAAAUCAGAGAAAUAAUGUUGUGAGGAACAGUCGGACUUCUGGCAGCUCUGGUCAGUCUACUGAAUCUAGCCUUCCAAGUAGCACACCAAAUAUUUUAGCAAAUUUCUUGCAAGGAGAAGAGGAGAGUGAUGAAGAGGACAUUAUUAUUGAAGAUAGUGGUGAGCCACAGCAGAUUCCAAAAGCUGCACCUACCAGCGAAAGCCUAGAAUCGUUGACGCAAAUUGAACUCCUUCAUGAGUCAACACAAAAUGGAUUCCUUCCUUCCAAUGAGAUGAACUUGAAUCAUUCAGCAGGCAGCAUUAGCAUGGAAUAUGAAGUACAAGAUCCAGACCAUAAGUCAUUAGAAGAAGAUGGAACUAUAAUAACACUAUGAAAUUACAUUGGUGUACUUUGUAUUAAGUAAGGAUGCCAUACAUGUUUUAAUUUGGCUUAAUAUGUAAUACAUUUUAUACCUCUCCAUCUACUGAGCACUGCAGUUAGAUUAAAAGGAAGGAAAAAAGUAAAUACAAGAAGUUCAAAAUUAUGUAAGUUGACUAACUUCAGUUAAUUCUGCACUUGAGUGUAAAUACUUCACAAAGAUGGAAGAUAAUUGAUAAAUGACUGAAAUUGGAUGAGGAAAAUUUAAAUUGAAAAUGAAGGAUAGCUAAGAGAUGGCUGUGAGCUUUCUUUUAAAGGUACUUGAUUUUUUUUUUUUUUUUUUUAAUUAAAUGCAGAAUACUACUGGUUCUAUAGAAGUAAACUUCCAUUAUUGUGUGAGGUUGACUAUCUAAUGUACUGUGGUUUCAUGUUCAUCUGAAGUGCUGCUUACAUGUGAUGGAGCUGCUUUAGCCACUUCAUUCCUGUUCUGGGCUGCUCUUUAGCUGGUAGAGCUGUUUGUAUGGCUCUGUGUAUGAGGAAACUGAAAAACAAGCAGGAGGUGGGGUGGGAAGAGACGUUGGUAGUUGGUCCAGUUUCCUGACUGACAUAUUGAUCAACAGGGAUAUAUGAUAGUGGUCAGCAACUUGACAAUGGUCAGGAUUUGAAGGUGGGGGCUUCUGAAGUUGACUGUUCCUUUGUAAGUGAAUGUGCAACCACAGAUUCAUUAGUUAUGCACCUUUACUGUUUUUAAUGGCCAGGUAAGCUUACUUUUAAUGACUAUGAUUUUGAAAUUCAAAUGUGAAAGUCUAAACACUUACGCAUCAAAGACCUGUUCUCAUUUUAGUUUGUAAUAUUUAAGGAUAUCAUUGUAUUUAGUUGCUAAUUCCAGUAAAUUUCAAAGAAAUCAAAUGUUAACUUAAUGCUAUGGAAAUAAAAUAACAUAAUCUGUUAAAAUCACAGUCCUAGUAGAGGCUGUAAAGGUUUCUACUAGCAAAAGUUUGUUGUAGUGAGUCUGAAUUGUGUAAAAAGUGACUUUCUUCAAACCUGAACAAGUUAGAACAGCUUAAAUUAAAUCCCUGGAUUUAAAAAAAGUUUUAAAUCAGAAUAAGGCUUUACUAGAACUUGCUUGAGCCAUGUGAUAUUAAAUUAUUCAUUAUAAUGAACUAAACUGUAAAUGCUGAUCUUUUUACAUACCACUGGCUGGGUGUUUAGAAUAUUACGAAGUUGCUAUAUGUAAAACAAAAUACUGUUGACAAGUCCUGAUACUGCAAGUGCUAAGUAUGCAUGUAAUCAGCUGCAAACUUACUAGAAGAAUUGUGAGGAGAGGCUUCUAGCGUUAUUUUCCCCUUUGCCCUUUUAGUUAUCUCCUGCUUUACCACUUUGGCGCUCUGUUCCCAGCCUGACCCUUCUCUGGGAACAUAAGUUGUGGCAGGAAAAUGAGAUGGGGACUAAUAGGAUUGGGGAGAAGGAUGGAUGGAGCUUCUCACCAGGGAUCCAGUAGUCUAUGUCAACCUCUGAGAAAGAAGUAGGAUGCUACCAGUUCUGUACUGUGGUACUGUGCUUACCAGAGCCAGUAGUCUAGGUUCUUGGAAGCAUGUUCUUUCUACCCUAUGGGGAGAUAUGAUGAGCAGGAAAGGAGACUAACCCCUCUUUUUUCCCCCUCAGUCUAUCUUGAGGAAACAUCUACCUCUGGUAACUUUACUAACAAGAGACUAGCUGUAAGUUUAAUGUUAAGGCAUCUGUAAAAGUCUUUAUAGGAUAUCAGAGGCUAAAACUGUUAUUUGUUUUAAGAUUUUUUUUUGUAAUGAUGUAAACAAAAUUGCUUCAGAAAUUACUGCUGUUUAAUUUUACUAAAUGCAAAUUUUAAAUUCGUAUCUCAUGAGCAGUAGUAUUUUCAAGCCUCCAAUACCAUUGGAGUUCAAGUCUCAUAGAUGUCAAGAAAGGUAUUUGUGUUCAUUUUCAUUUAUGGAGAGUUAGCAUAACAGACAAUGGCACUCUGCAAAUACAAGUUAGAGUUCUGCUUCAUUGGAUUUAUUUAUGGUUUCUUCAGUGUGCAUAUGGAGAGGCCCUGGUAUCUUUUCCAACAUGAACAAGAAUUUUGAAGUGUUUUACUUAUUUUGCUAAUAAUUAUUAAAAAUGAAGUAACUACAUCCACUUAGUGUGAAAUGAGGAAAAUAAAUGUUCAUUCUGCAACAUGUAGACUUUGAAUAUACAUGUUUUCUGUAAGUGCUGCUCUACACUUCCUUUAUUUAAGGAAGAUUGUUUACUUUAAAAUGUCUUUUUUUUCCUUUAUCAAAACACUUUCCUUCCUGUAUGAAAUCAUCAGUGGAGGGUGACUUUCAUUUAUUAUGCUAGUUUGCACUUCUGUGCCUUUUGUUUACUUGAAUGUAUUGUGAAUAAUCAAAGGAAUAAAGGCACUUGGAUGGGAAAUUAGGUCCACAGAUACAGAAAAUGAACUGGUAGUGCACUUAAUACAGGUGUAAUGUUUUCAUUCAGUGGAAAUACAUUAUGGGGCUAAUGCGGUACAUCAGUAUUUUGCAGCUUGGAUAAUAGUUUUGAGCUAUUAACUUAUACAGGAGGGUUGAGUCUGAGAAUGCUAGUGUUGCAAGGUAACUUAUUGCUUAGGUAUAAACACCCAAGGUUAGUGUGCUGCCAAACACUGUGUUACCUGAUCUGUACUUAUAACAGAUGCAUGAAUAUUUUGAAUAUAUAUGCCAGUAUUAAGGACUUGUAGCAAUUUAACUAGGGUCCUACUCUAAAUUGCAUGAGAAUUCAUCUCUUGGGACCUUUCCUGCAAACUGAUUAAUCUAAAUGUGAGAGAAUAUUCUUUUUGACACACAUCAUGUUCUGUUUUACAGAAAUUUGGUAACGUGUAGUAAAACAAAGCAUUUGGGACUUGAUAAAAACAUUAAAGAAUAAACCUAAAAAUGGGUUUUUAAAAGUGUGUAUUUACAGUUACAAUGACAGACUGCACAGCAUGCAAUUGCUUAAUGCUGCAGUUACCAUAAAGUUUCUAAAGUUCUUCCAUAUCUUACUAAUGCGUACACUGUUAAUUAUGAAAUAUUUUUAAAUUGUUACUUCAGGAUGAUCAAUGGUUGAUUAUGAGUAGCUAAACUUAAUUUUAUAUAUAAAUGAUACUGGGGUUCAGUAUAAGGUUUUUAAAUAGUGCUGAUAUUGUUAGCCUUUCAUUCACUACCUCCUAAAUUUUUAACAUCUUUACAAUUUUCUCCCUGGAAGAAAAUACUUAAAGGCUUGACUGUUUUAUAUAGAUUUUAUCUUUAGCUAAAAAAAAAAAAAAAAAAUAUCCAAAAUUGAUAGUGAGGAUGCGACGCAUGAUUGACAAUAUUACGCUGCUAUUAAUGUAAUCUUUGUGUAUUAAGUAUCCUGUAUAUGUAAAUUGUAUUUUCAAUCCAGAUUUUAUAAUUAAUUUAUAAGUAUCCAAAUUAUUUCAAAAUGGAAUGAAAAACUAAAAUUCCUUUGACUAGUGUUACAUGUUGUGUACAUGCACAGUGGGGGGACAAGUCAUUCCUUACUUGUGACUGGGAGAUUUAAGUGCACCUUAAUAGGAAAAAGAACAAAUUCUUAAUAGAAUUAAGAUGCAUUUACUUUGAAGUUCUGCUAUGGUACUGGAUAAGUCAAGCCUAACUGUGAAUCAUAUUUUUUUUUUUCCACAGCUGAAUUAAAUUUAGGACAAUGUUCUCACAAGCUGUCUUUAACAUGUGUAUUUUUGUGAAUAUUAUGUAUUUUCUAAUUAAAUUUUACUUGCAAUGUGAUUUUUACAUGAAUGAACUUGUUUAAAAUGUCAAAUAUCAGUAUUUUUCUUACAACUUUAAUGUAUAAUGUACAUUGGUAUCUCACUGAAUGAAGAUUGAUUUUACAAAAUCAAGCUAGAUGUAGUUGUAUAUUAGUCUUAUAUUUUUACAGACUGGAAUAAUAAAUGGAUAUAGAAAUAAAA